AUGUUCUCAAGAUCAAUCAGAUUGGCCUUCAAUAGCAGUUCUGCCUUCAGAGGAGCUGUUGCCCCAAAGACAUUCUCUGCAUCACCAUUCAGAUUCUACAGUAACACAUAUUAUACCAAGUCACAUGAGUGGAUCCGUGUCGAUGGUGACGAAGGUACUGUCGGUAUCACUGACUUUGCACAAAGACAACUUGGUGAUAUUGUCUUUGUCGAACUUCCAGAGGUCGGAAAGACUGUCAGUGCCGGUCGUGAGGCUUCUGUAAUUGAAUCAGUAAAGGCUGCCUCUGAAGUCUAUUCACCAGUCAGUGGAAAGAUCACAUCAGUAAAUCAAGAAGUAGCAGAAUCACCAGAGAUGGUUAACGAAGACCCAAUGGGUGAUGGUUAUUUAUACAAGAUUCAUCUUACAGACAAGAGUGAAUUGAAGAACCUUCUCGAUAAAGACCCAGAGGAUAACUAA